AGUGACGAAAAAUCACCCCACGCGAAGGAGGCUUCUGAUUGGUUGAAAGCAAUGGUGUUAUUAGUCUAGUUUAAGCCAAAACAUGGCUGACCAACUGAGAUGGUCGGUUGGAAAUGAUAAUUUCUCAACAUUGGAUAAUGAUUUUCUGUCAUCAAAUAAUUAUGAAAAUCUUACAUUCGACGGUAAUGUAUUAUUUUUAAAUAGGGGUUUAAAUAGCUGUGUUCCAGCUGUUUGAAUUAUGUGACUACUACAGCUGCACAGAUUAUUCUUAAGUUAGGAGUGGGCGACUUAGGCUUAGCUGAAUAACUGAAUAGAUAGUGAAAUUGAAAUACUGAGUGAAUAGCAUAGAUGACUGAUAAGAAUCUAAAUUAGGCUUUUUUUUUCCUUUUUAAAUACUACCCUAAUUUUUAUAGUACAGUUAAUAAUAGUAAGAACUUUAGGCCUAAAGUAAAAUCAUGAAGAUUGGUUGUACAAGACUGGGGUUACGAAACUUCCCACAGUCCUACAGAAACUCUCAAACUGACUGAGACUGAGUUGACUGUAGACUUGUAACUGAAAACUGUAGACUAGACUAAAACAGUAAACUGUUACUACUACUACUCCUACUACUAACUAUAAGUUAGGUAUUAUUUUGCCAUUUUUUGAUAAUUAGGAGAGAUAGCACCCUGAUGUCAUUGUUUGUAAAGUAAAGUAAAUUCCAUGUCUGGUCUGAUUUAUGUUUGCAUAAAAGUAGGCAUAAGCCCCCCAUCCACUCAAAAUAAUAUGUGAACCUGGUAGAAUAUAUCUUUCUAUCCACUCCUGUUAAUUUAUCAUAUCAGUGUGGCACCUCAACAGGAAAACACUCAGUAACACUGCACACCCUCUCUAUUCAGUACCAGCGAAAAGCCAUUUACCCUCUUCUUCUACUUCUUCUAUAUUUUGGGGGCCCAUGAUCAAUGGAUCUCUGAUCUCUCCCCUGUCCAUGGUGAUAUUUCCGGUAAAAUAGCACUCGGACCCGAAAAACACUUUCUUAGGCGGCAUAGCCAUCGCUUAAGUUUAAGUGGUAGAAUACAAUAAAUUCUAUAAGGGUCCAUUGAUAAAUGAUAAUAUUAAAUGAUCGAGGGAUGGUGUCAAAUAUUUCCAAAAUAUUGUGUCCCUAGGCUAAUCUUGAAAUUCAAGCAAAAUUUUUACUAAGGCUAAGGCUACACUACAUGACUAUUUUAAUGUACUAAUUAUAAAACAAGAGCCACUAUAGUACCAGUAGGGAAAAAAAAAUUAGACAGUUUAUUUAUGCCUAAUUAGUUAGUUGACAGUAUUUCUGUAAAAAUUUGUAGACCAAAUUAUAAUUAUAUUAAUAUUCUUCACUAAUAAUUUGACUUGUCAGAAUGAUUUUUGUUUUCAGAUUUAGAUAUAAUUCAGUACAUUAAUGGUGAUAUCCCAACUGAUGGUGACAUCUUUAAUAACCAAAACUAUGACAUUGGCAUAGAGCAAUCACUGGGUUUGGAGACAGAUCUGGGCUUGGAUCAGCCACUUGGAAAUGAUCCCAACUUUGGUGAUGCAGAAUUUAAAGUGGAUGAAGUUGGACUUCAACACCAGAUAUCCUUAGCUGAUUCUAAGGUGGAAAUUAAACAGGAGCCAAGUUCAAUACCAUGCCAGUUUGAGCUCCCAGUUACUGGCACUCAAAGUGAACUCACCAGUCUACUUAAACAGGAUUUGAAACCCUCUGUACCUCAGGGGUCUAAAUCAGUAACAACACAUUUGAAUAUUUUGAAUAGUGGACAGCUCUCUCAAUCAGCUGCAUUGAAAACACUUUUAGAACUACAUGAUGCUGCUCAAGCAAAACAGAUGCAAGAGGUAACUGUAGUUGGCUCUUCCAAACUCUUAAAAUUUAAUUUCCACUAGGUCCUAUUUUUAAUAAAAACUAUCGGUUUCAUCAUAAGUUCUCAAAUGAUCUUCCCGUAGCUGUUUACACAUUCAAACUAUUUAUUUCCUAAAUGAUUUCACUGACAUACAAUUCAUACUUAAAUGUUUGUUGUAAGAUUUUCUUCAAAUUUUAUACAUCACACUGAGUAAGAGCAAUUUUGUUCAGAUGGUUAACCAAAAUUUGCCAUUUAAAAGCAGAGAAUUUCAAAUGAUCCAAUUAAUAAUGCAGGGCAAAGAUAUUUUGUCUGUUUAUAAUAGACUCUGACCUUUUCAAUGAUAAUCCAAUGAGAUAAUUCAAGUGUUUUUUAAACACUGGCAAAAGAUGCCACAAAUACUAGAUUAUCAAACUAUUCAUAACUCAUUUAACAUUAAAACAUAUAUUUUAAUUAUAAAUUAAAAGUUUACAAAAUUCUUCUAUUUCCAGUUUAUUCAGUUAUUCAUUAUUAGGACACAAGAAACGACACGGGCAUUUAUUUAGGCAGCUCUAACUUAACUUUUAUUAAUCCCUCAGAAAGUUAGCUCCAACUUUGGUGUUUUUUUUAACUCAAGGUUUAACUAUUCACAAAGAAUUUGGGUCUUUAUUUUGCUGACAAAUCCCUUUCACCUGGCUAUAUACCCAUAACUGGGGGAUAUUAAAAAAAGUGUUAAAGAAUGUUUUUAAAAAAAGCUACUUCUUUUGCCGUGUAACUUAUCUCAGCAAUCCAAAAACUCUACACACAUAGACUAGACUUAAUAUUGCCCAUUGGCAUUAUUUGAAAAAUUCAGGGAUACAACAAGUGAAGCCUUUCUUACAAAUUGUAGAAUAUGUAUGUAGAAAUGAUUUCUUCAUGAUUUGUGUUAUCUAAAACUGAUUUAAUUUGUCUGGAUUUAAAUUUGAUAUUAGUUGGACUAUAGAAGACUAAAAGAAUUCAUUAUCAGGAAUGACUAACUAAUAAUGCAUCAAGCAAAAAAUUAUAACAAUUUCCGAAAUUAAUUAGUUAAUUUUUCUUUUGUUUUAGGCUCAAAAACAACAACAGAUCAAACAGCACUUGUCCCAGCAGGCUUCAGCCCAGGUAAGUGUUUUGAAUAUUUUAUAUACAAUUUCUAAUUUAUCACUAAGUUAGGUGGAAGGAAUCCAUUAUUUCAUUUUUACUACAGGUGAAUCUAUCAUUGGUGUUACCAACUGAUGUUGUAACUGUCAAAGUUUAAAUUAAAUGUUUGAAACUAAAUUGUUUUUUGCAUUAAGCCAUGAAUGGGCUUAAGUCUAAUGUUUCCCUGUGUCUUCUAGAGGCUCAUCGGUGGAUCCAUUCAACCAAAGCAGACAUCACAGCAACAGCUGAAACUAAUUCUACAACAACCUCUCAUCAAUACCAAUGCAAACAACACUAACAUUCGUCAGCAGCCCAGCCAGAUUCAGACUGUAGCUCCACAAGUCCAAGUCAUUCAGCAGCAUCCACAGAUCAAUAUUCAGCAGCUUCAGCAGGUAUCUCCCAUUUUAUAACUUUUUAAAAAUUAAUUAUUGAAUUAUAAUUGGAACAUUUCAUUCCUAAUAAUUUGCAGCAAAUAAAAAAACACAAAAGACUUCAUUUCAAGAAGUCAAAUUGUUAAAUGUCUCCCAUUAUUUUACUUUAAAAAUGCAUUUUCUUAUUUCGCUUUAAAGCUGCUGCAGCAUGUUGCCAAAGCAAAUCAGCCGACUGAACAGCAAAGCAACAGCACCAAUGUAAUAACCUUGAGUUCAACACCCACAUUAAGCACUGUCACCACAUCACCAUUCCAAACACUUGUUACAGAUGGUGGCAAUACUAUUGUUACUACUAGUAUUCCUGUUCAGGUAGUCAGAUUUUGUUCUUUCUCUGUUUUUUGUUUUGUUUUAUUUCGCAGGAUUAGUCAGUUUUUGUUAACAAAGAAUUCGCUGAAAUGAUAAUUAGUUGGGCUCCACCAAUCCAAAUACCUGUGUCUUAUCUAGAUACCUUUUAUUAUUAAGAAAUCGUUAAAGCCAGUUAAUUAAAUGCUUGAAUGUUACUUUAUGCCACACAAUUUCAACACAAACAUGUUUGGAUGUUUACAACAUACAACACAAUUUCAACACAAACGGCAUAUAAUAAUUUUACUCUCAUAUGAUGGCAUUGUUCUCAAAGGCAAACAAUUUUUCUUAUACUUUCAGGUAUUUGAUGGAGAUAAAAUGCCAAUAAAUCGCUUAACAAGUGCACCAAAAAUGAAAUGUAAAGGAGAGAAGCGUACUGCCCAUAAUGCCAUUGAAAAGCGUUACCGCCUUAGCAUCAAUGAUAAGAUUGUUGAGCUUAAAAAUCUUGUUGCUGGAGUUGAAGCAAAGGUAUAAAAUAAAAUUUGCUUGAUAAAAAUGUUAACAGAUAUAACCAAUAUUUAUUUUUGUCUCAAGAAAUUUACCCCUGUUAAAAUUUCUUGCAGUUGAACAAAUCUGCUAUUCUGCGUAAAGCCAUAGACAUGAUCAGACAUCUGCAGAGAGAUAAUAAGAGAUUGAAACAGGAGAAUCUCAGUCUUAAAAUGAUUAUCAACAAAACAAGUAAGAUUUUUAUUUUUUAAUUGAUAGCAAAGUAUCUUUUUUUUAAAAAUGUGUUAAAUCACUAAAUUUGCAUGACAAAUUAAAUAAAUGGAUAAUCAUGUGAAGCAUUAAGCAUUUUAUUACAUGUUUUCAGAUCCACAAGAGCUACUUUUACUAAAUGAAAGUGCAUCACUUGAUGCAGACACCUCAGCCAUGACACCACCUUAUUCUGACAACUCAUCUGGAGCAAACAGCCCCAGUCCUUCUGAAAAUGACUGCUCUAAUCCCAACAGCCCUGGCAGUGACGACAUGAUCAGUGAGUAUAAAGCUAGUGGUGGAAAGAAGUAAAUCAUCUAAUGAACUAGCCAAGACAUUUACAGAUGGGUUUUUUUUUUAAAAUUUAAACUAUUUUUUUUCUUUUAGUUUAAGUUUUUUUUAUAUAAUGAGAAGUGGGGUAUUAAAAAGAAAAAGCAGAUGUCUUUUUUACAAUUUCUAAUAUGGGGUCAACAUAGAUAAUUCAAUAAAGAAAAUACAAAACUAACUGGAAUGAACACUAAAUGGUGCAGUGUAAAGCAGUAUGGGUAGGCAUUUUAUACAUGUAUUACAUACAGGUAAUAAUUAUGAUUUACUUAUUAUAAAAUUAAUAUUUCAGCUGAUGACAUUAUAUAUUCUGGGCAAUCUGGUAUGCUGGAUAGAUCACGGAUCUUUCUGUGCAUGUUUAUGUUUGGCGUUCUCAUUUUCAAUCCCUUCAACUAUUUCUUCAACUCUAAUGCACCAUUGGGUGCAGACUCUGGAUCUCAUCAUUCUAGAACUCUCCUUGCAGCUGGUAAGACUCAUUGUGUGAUGUUAUUAGUGUGCAAGGCUUACAGCCUGCCAGAAUUAGUAAUGUUAUUAACAUAACCAACAUGCAUUCCUAUAGUUGAUUUUAAAAAAUUAUUUUUCAGAAUCUGUUUCAAACUGGUAUGAUAGAAUAUAUCCAUCUCUCAUACUAUGGCUUCUUAAUGGCAUUUUGGUGAGCUUUGUCCUUGCGAAAGUUCUAAUAUUUGGAGAACCAGUUACCAAAAAAAAUAGUGAUGCUUCUGUGGCAUUCUGGAGGCACAAAAGGCAAGCAGACCUGGAUAUGUCAAGAGUAAGUUUUUUCCCCUCACAAAUCCUGAUAUUAAUAUUGAUUUAAACUUAAAUAAUAAUAUUUCACCCACUUGCACUAUCUAUUAUCCUAAUCAAAUGAGAUGUUUUUAAUUUUUCUAUUAUUACUAGGCAGACUACACAUCUGCAAGCAACCAGUUGCGUCAGUGCCUCUUAGCUCUUGGUCGACCAUUGCCAACCUCAAAAGUGGAUCUACUCUCUGGUGUUGGAUGGCAAAUCUUUAGGCAGUGCCUUAAUCGUCUUUAUCUUGGUAGAUGGCUGACAAGUCGGGCUGGAAGCCUAACAGGAAAUAACAGUGUUGAUGUCAAAGAAUCUGCAAGAGAUGCUGCAAAUGUCUUUCAUAUUUUAAAUCAACUACACUUGAGUGGUAUGAUUGAUUAUCAUGUUAAACUUAAUCCUAGACAAAUUAUCUCAGAUGUUUUCUAAUUUAGUAUUUCAAUUCAAUUUGCAAUUAAAGCCUUUAUUAGGCCCAAAUACCUAAAACCCUUGUUUGCAUAAUAUAUUUUUAGGUCACGUGAAAGGCAAUCGUCUAUGGGGGUUAAACUUAGCUUUGAGUGCUGUUAACAUUGGAGAAGCCGCAAAAGAUUCUUUGUUGAGAUUUGAACUUGCAAGAAUAUAUGCCACUGCUGCGUUACAAAUCAAAGCCUCGCUGCCUGAAGGUUUCCAAUUUGUUGCCGUAAGUCUAUUUUACUGCUUUUAAAUUAAAUUCAUUAUAUCUGUAACAUACAUAAGACUUUCCUUGACAAGUGUUCUAGAUUCCAUGAUAUUUACUUUUUGAAAGUGGGUUUCUCAACAGAGUUAAUGGAAAUUCUACUGAGAUUAACUAUUAAAAUGAUUUACCUUCAUCAAAAAUUAAUGCCACUGCAUCAGCUUUUUAGUAUACAAUCUCUAAUAAACUACCCUAUAAGUGUCUCAGCUAUUUCUAAGAUCUCACUACUAUAGUAAAAUGGAUUGUAUUUCAUUGUAGAUUUUGAAUCAACUUUGAUUUUAUAAAUGUUCAAAGUUUGUCUAUUAAUAUCUAAACAUUCAUUCUAAACUUAUACUGAUCCAUUUUAUUGUUAUUAUUGACAGAGAUAUUUCCUUAGCCGAGCGCGUCACAUUUGUAAAAAGAGUGGAGACCAGGUCCCUGCAAAUAUCCAGUGGCUGUGCCAUCCUGAAGGACAUCGAUUUUUUGUUGACAGUGUUAAGUUUGAGGGUACUGAAGACUCAAUUUUUUCAUCAAGGGGAACUGAAGGUACAAAUGUUAUUGAAAUAUCAGCUGAUUGCGUGCUCUACUUAAGAAGUUAUUUGAUAAAACAUGCAUUCAAGUAAUACACUUUAUAAAACGCACCAAUAAUGGUUAACUUCUGAGAAUUUUAUUUUGUGUAUUAAACACAUCUUUGCAGCCUUACAUACAUACAAAGAGAAAUAUUAUAUGUGAUAACUAGCACUGUUUUAUUUCUAGGUACAUGUUUAUACAGAAACAUUGAUUCUUUACUUUUACAGUUGAUCCUUUGGCUAGAGUGACACAAGCUUUUCGUGAACAUUUGCUGGAACAAGCUCUAUUUACUCUGGUCUCUCCCAAAGAUCCAUCUAAAAAAGGAAAACUGGGCGAACCACUUUUAUAUGCACAACUUCUGUCAGAAUGUUCCUGUUUAAGUUCUGGUACUCAAAGCACACAUCCAGAAAUGGCAGGAAUAGCAAAAGUUGGAGGUAUUUUUUGUCAUUGGUAUUUCACUUGGUUGAUUCUUUGUGUAGGUGAAGCAUAGUUCUUUGUCUUAGUUUUAUUUGCAUUCAGAUUUCAUUCCAAUAAUUUAUUUACAUAAAUUUUUUUUUACUGUUAAGAAUUAGAUGAAGUUGCAUUGUGGUGGUCUAACAUUGUGUCUGUGGCACAUCACUGGCUAACUGGGGAUGAUGAAAAUGCUUCAAGAAACUAUUCAGUCUUGGAUGUUUUCCCUAAAAAGUUGCAUGGAGUUGAGUAAGUUUGCUGCAUUAAGAGUAAUUCAUGUUACCACCUUAACAUCCAAAGAAAGAGAUGAACUUACUAGCAUAAUAUUUUAAAUAUUAUUUUCUUAAAAAUGAGAAUUUGUGAUAAUUUAUACAAUUUAUUCUUAGUGACCCACUUCCAAGAGCAGUGUACUUAGCAUACAAAGCCAGGAAAAAUGUUUUUGUACAGCCUGAUGCAAAGAACUUAAGGGCCUCUAUCAGACAGUGUGACAGAGCAGGAAGGCUCUUGAGAGAAAGUCUUAAACUUGCCUACACAGCAGAAAAUAUCACCAUUGUCAAAGUAAGAAGGAAAUUUGUACUAAUUUAAAAAAAGAAUAAUUCUUCACUCACCCCUUUAUUUGUAGUCCUAUCAACACAUUCCUUUUCAGAUGAUGUAGAUAUAGACAGGGUGUUGUCAUUGGUGCAUUGUAGUUGCAUUGCGUUAAUUUAUGAUGUGCAAUGCUUCUGCAGUGCAACCAUUGAUGCAGCCAAUUUCAACAAAUCAUCUUGAGGAUUUUCCAGAAAAGUCUCUUCUCAUAUUUUUUAAAUUAAAUUUACAUAUCAAAAAUUCUUUUUUCCAUACUUUGAUGUUGGUUUAAAUGUAACCACCAAUCUUACAAAAUUUCCAUUCUCUUUUCUUAAAAUGUCAACAAUUUUUUUAUAGAGCAGAUCAAAUGACAGCUUUGACCUAAACCUUUAGACUUAAGGGGGAAAAAAUGCUUUUUUUAAUACUGCACACAUUUUUGGUUACUGUAUGUAUGAAGCCAGUAGGAAUGAAGGAAUGUUGUUUGAGUGGCAAUGUUGUAAUGGAAGUAUGUUCAAAAUGAAAUUUUUUCUGCUAAAAAAUUUUUUUAAAAACUUUUUUUUAAAAUUUAUUUUUUUGAUAAAUCUUUUUAAGGAAAGAUUCAUUGGGAUAAUGAAAUUUUAGUAAUCCUGUAUGAAUAUUCCAUCAUUCAAAUUGGGUUUGUACAAAUUUCUGGAUUAGCAAAUUAUCAGUGUAAACAAGUGGUAGUUUGUUAAUCCAAAACAAAGAAAACCACAUACAAGAAUUUAAAAUAAAUUACUGGAAGCUGUGAAAAGUAGUAAUUGUAAUAAAUAUACAAUGAAGUGAACAUGAAAGAAAAUAUGGGCACAAUACUCCAGCUCAGACUUACUGUUUUAGUUGUUAAUUUAAAAUAACUUUUGCUAUCCAAGUUAAAUAAAUUUUUUCUCCAAGUGCAUCAUUAAGUUGAUCAACGUCUUAAAAUAUAAAUACUGAUCAAUUUAAUUUGUCAUAUUUAGUUGCACAUUUCUGUUGCUAAUUUUAUUCGAGAAAUGAAUUCCAUUUGUGGCAUAUUUUUCUUUGGAAGGGUGAGGGGAGAUUUGAAAAAGUAGAAUUUUGAAAUUUAAUACUUGUCUUUUGUUUCCGUUAAAGCAUACUUGGUUUGUUUUAUUUUUUUACCUUUAUAUUCCAAACUUGCCAUUUUUAAGAAUGUUUAAAAAUAAAAAAAUCUUGCUAAUCUUAAAAAACCUGCUUAUUCAUAGAAUAACCAAGUCAUGUGGUUUGAUGGCCACUAAAAAUCAUGGCAAAAAUACGCAGAUACCUAAAAUAUACACAAUUAAAAAAAUGUAAGUUUAACUUUUUAAUUUCUAUUUCGUUUAAAAAUAAAAAUUUUCAUGUAACUCAUUUUAAAAAUAACUUUCAAUUGCAGAGUAUUCAACUGCUCCUCUGUGACUGGCUUUUGACAACACGCACUGAUAUUUGGGAGAUUGAUAAUGAGGAGUGUAAUUCAAAAUCAGCCUCUCAAACAGAACUUAUUGCUUUUCAGCAAGAUUUGGGAAGUUUAAGAAAAUUAUCUCACAGCAUGAAAGCAGCAUUGCCAAAAGUGAGUCAAGUUAAUCUAAAAGAUAAAGAAUUUGCUAGAUUUGUUUUAAACUUGCAAUUUUUCAUCUCCAUGGCUUUUCAAAUAACAUGAGUGACUUCACCAAGGUUCAUUACACCAUUCAUGUCUUCUUUAAGGUUUUUCUUCAUGAGGCAACCUCAAGAAUAAUGGCAGGAGCCAGUCCUGGCCGCACACAACAGCUUUUAGAUCGAAGUAUAAGGCACAGAAAUAAACUUUUACAGUCAGAAAAAGGUAACAUUUUUUUUUUGUCUUAAACUAUGUUAGCACCCAUUUAACUGGAAAAUAAUCAGUAAUCAGCAAUUCUGUUAUAAAUUGGUCUUUACCUUAGUUCACCAGUUAUUUUUAUUUAUUUCUAUUUCCAUCAAAAUUUUACCCAAAUGUCGAAGCUACUAUGCAUUCUAUUUGUUUAGUUUUUAGUUGAUGCUAGCUCUGGUCUGGUUGACAUCACAGUUUUUACACAUUUGAAAUCGGUUAUAUUAACUUUUCUUUUACUCCCUGAUGAUAAAAUUUUAGCUCUAUUAUUGUGAUAGUGUGAUCAGUUAUGACAUAUUGCAAUAAAUUUCCUACAAUUAAUUAUAAAACACAUUUUCAAAGCACCUCAAUUUAAUUUCACAUAAGGUAAUCUUCUGCCUAUUAAUAAUUAAUCGUCAUUGGCAAAGUGGUUUGGUUGAGCUUUCAGUUAUCCACUCAUUUUCUUUUUGAUGGACAGUAAUUUAAACAACCCCACUGAAAGAUUUAAUCUUUUUUGCUACAAAAAUGUUAGGUGGCAAAAUUGUUUUAAGAAAAGCAUUCUAUUCUAUUAAGUUUGGGGUUGACUUGUUUGUACUUGGACACGUGACAUAUUCGAAAUAUAAUAAAAGCUUGAAGAUUAUAAAACUAUUUCCAUAUUUUUCCCCUUGCUAUCAACAGAUGAUUUUGAUGUUUUGCUGGAUAAUGAUUCCCAAGAGAGGGAAAGAGCAACAGCUCUGCUUAUGGCAGGUCGCCACUUGCCCACCAAUAUGACAGGGGGUUCCAGUGAAAGAAUAAAUCUUAUUAAAGAAGCUGGUCGCUUGUAUGAGGUCCUGGGAGACAAGAAAUCUGUUCAGUUGUGUAGGAAAGUCCUCUUGGAAAUUGAUGAAUCAAAGCAAAGCACUGAGGUUCCAGUGGCCGGAUGUUAAGUUUCAAAAGGCACAAAUCUUUGGCUGUAAAAAAAAUUUUAAAUGUGAAAAAGUGUGAUUGAUUGAUACGGUGUUAUCAUCGCUUUUAUACAAAUGUUGAGUUUUUAUUUUAAAUUAUUAAAAUGUAUGCACUAUAAAUUUGGUGAAAAAUAUUAUCUAUGUUAUAGUUAAUGGUAACUAUAAUUUUAUUGUUUAAUGAAACUAAAUAUAUUUUGAAACCACACAAAAAAUUUUUUAACAGAAAAAUUCCAUUUUUUUUUUUUUAAAUUACUUUUUCAUUGGUAUAAAUUAUAACUAUAAAUUAUUUUAGUAAACUUAAAAAAUAAUAGGGGAGUGAUUUUGAUGAUCACAAAAUAUAUAUUUAAAAUAUAUAGUUGACAUAAUUUUACAUUUAAUGAAUUUAUUGAGUACGGAGGACAGGAAAAUUGAUAUUUGUGUGAUUGGAUAUGUACCAGUACAAGAAAAGUCUGUUAUGAUUUAUAUUUUAUAUCCGUCAUUUCCCCCUAAUUUAAUGAAUGUAAUAAAACUGCUUUUCAAAUAGAU